AUGUCGGCAGAUCUCUUUGCCGAAUUCAAUAAUUCCUCAACUUCAACCCCAACUCCAGCUCAGCCGAAUAAUCUAUUUGGACAACCGCCACAACCACCACCAAACCAAAGCCAUACGCAAGAUCCCUUCAACUUUUCUGUCGGUAGCAAUCCGGUACCAGGGAAUCAGCCAGGUCCACAAUGGUCGUCAUUUCAGAGUACGUCAAACAGUAUGAGCGGCUGGGAUCAGCCAGCGCAGCCUUCUCAACCGUCAAAUGUAUCUCCCCGGCAAGCAGACGACGAUGAUGGUUGGGGAGAUUUUGAGGUAGCAGAGCCAACGGGGCAAGCAACUGCAGCGCCAGUAUCAGCACAAACUAAAGUGAACGCCCUACCUCCAGAUGUCAGGAGCAGCGCUUGGAACUCUUAUUCUGCUUUUGAUUCUCAACCGCCCCAGAUACAGCACAAUGCAAGACAGACUCCCAACACGGCUCCAACUACCAAUUUCAUGGGUGGCGGUUUAGGGGACAUCGGGGGAUUCGGCGACCAGGAGUAUCAGAUUCCUCAACCGGAGCCAAAGAGAAAAUCGCAGUUGAAGACAACACCUGCGGAUCCAAAUGUAUUAUUUGACGCAGAGGACUUCGAACUGGGCGGUGAUGGAGAAGACGAUGAUGAAUUCGAUGAGUUUGGCGAGUUUGGCGACUUUGAGGCUGUUGAACAAACAACUCGCUCAAAGCCCACACCCGCGACCGCGUCACAACUUACACAAUCACUCGAUCUGCUGGGGUUUGACGAUCCUCCAUUAGCCUCUCCCCCUAAUGAAACGGAAUUGAAAGCAAAGAACAAGGAGACCCAUCCGGCACCAAAUCCCUUGAGUUUUGGAGCCAUGUCUUCAAGCAAAACGCAACCUACGGAGUCGUCGGCACGUCAACAGCAACCCGCUUCCACUGUACCAGGCAUCAAGAAAUCGGAGCCUGUGUCUAUGCACAAGGCGAAAUCUGGAUCCGUCUCACUCUCAUCCACCAAGAAGAGGGCAUCAGUUACGAGGGCCAUUUCAGCCAAAGUAUCAGCAAACGACGACGAAUGGGGAGCUUGGGAUGACUUCCCCGAGGGUAACGGAGGGAAUGGCAUUGGCCAGACAUCAAACAGCACCGAGGGGACUGAUAGUUGGGGUUGGGAUACCGGUGACGACAGCAAACCCAACGCGGUUGCAAUAGACGAUAGCAGCCCCCCACCAACAAACAUUCCCCCUCCCUCAAUUCUACUUUCAGCAUUUCCAGAGCUUUUUAAUACUGGCAACGCCUUGUUUAAGCCGGUGGCGGGUCAAAGCACUUCUGUCAAACAAAAAGUCCUAUCGAAUCCAAAGGCGGUUCAAUUUUUGAACGGAUACGUUCUACUUGCUACGACAGCGGCCCGGGUAAUUGCAGGGCGAAAACAUCGAUGGCAUCGCGAUAAAAUAUUGGCAAAGAGCAUGUCGAUUUCAGCUGCUGGGAGCAAGGGAAUGAAACUCGCUGGCGUCGAUAAGCAACAGGCCGUGCGAGAAGAUCGUGAGGCAGCCGACGUGGUCUCUGCAUGGCGGGAACACGUUGGAAGACUGCGAUCUGCCGUUGCGGCCGCCAAUGGCGCAGGCAAGACUAGUCUUAAGGUGCCGGAGCUUACGGAAAACCCCCAGAUUCAGACAGCAAAGAUGGUCCCAACAGCGCCAAAACCGUGUAUCAUAUGCGGGCUCAAAAGGGAGGAAAGAGUAGCAAAGCUUGAUUUGGAUAUUGAAGACAGCUUUGGAGAAUGGUGGGUAGAUCACUGGGGCCACCGGGCAUGCAAGAAUUUUUGGGUUGAGCAUGAACAACAUUUACGGCAGCGAUAA